AUGCGCUUCAAGGCGUCAAUACAGAACAUCAAUACCUUUACGAAGCUCACGGCGUCGCUCAAUUCGCUCGGCCCGCUCGCGUGGGUGAAGCUCAGCGAGGAGCAAGUAUGCUUCACCAUCAUACCAGAGCAGGGCACUCAAGUAUGGGCUGUCCUCUCUAUUGACUCCAUCUUCGAGACCAUCAGCGUGCAGUCCGCAGCAAACAACGUCAUCAACCUCGAAGUUCCGCUCACUUCGCUGAAUCGCGCCCUCAAGUCGGCCCUCAAUGCCACGUCGGCCCAGAUACGCCUCACCAAGAAGGACAACCUGCCCAUGCUUGCCCUCACCAUCGUCACCACGACCUCCUCGAAUACGUAUAGCGCCUUCCCUGCGGCCACAGCCAACAACGAUGAUGGCUUCGACGCUGCCUUUGACAACGAAUUCGGUGGAGGAAACCGCGAGACCAUUGUCACGCAGGAGAUACCCGUGCGGGUGCUUGCGCCAGACACCGUAGCGCAUCUGCAUGAGCCCGUCUGUAGAGAGCCAGACGUACACAUCAUACUGCCUCCUCUGAUGCAGCUGAAGAGCAUCAGCGACAGGUUCACCAAGCUCGCGCUGGCAGACACCAAGGCAAGCACCGCGACGACGGCAUCAAGGACACGGCUAGAGGUGGCCGCCAACAUGCACGGCUGUCUCAGGAUGAGGAUCAGAUCCGACGCCAUGAACAUAUCUUCCAUCUGGACCGAUCUUAGCAAUCCAGAACUCGACCCUGGCCACGUCGCUGGUGGAGAGGAUGGCGUAGCUGAACACCCAAGCACGCGUAUGAAGCAGCUGGGCACGGCGGACGGGCGUAGUGAAGAAGGCUGGGCUACAGUGAGGAUCGAUGGGCGUGACUGGGGUAAGGUCAUGAGUGUGGGUAGGCUGGGGGGACGAGUUAUCGCUUGCUUCUGUCAUGAGCAUGCACUCAUCCUCUACGUUUACCUACCCAACGAUAAUGGCGAUGACGAGUCGGUCCUGACAUACUUUAUCAGCUCCUACAGCGCAUAG